AUGAUGUUCCCUCGACGACGCCGCUGCCACUACCCGCGUUGUUCUGGUCGGUCGCCUGGAGACCCGAUGGAGGGGGGCGACACAGGAGUUGCUGCUACUACUGUUCUUGCUGCAGCUACUACUGUUCUUGCUGCAGCUACUUCUGUUCUUGCUGCAGCUACUUCUGUUCUUGCUGUAGCUACUUCUGUUCUUGCUGCAGCUAUUUCUGUUCUUGCUGCAGCUACUUCUGUUGUUGCUGCAGCUACUUCUGUUGUUGCUGCAGCUACUACUGUUCUUGCUGCAGCUAUUUCUGUUCUUGCUGCAGCUACUUCUGUUCUUGCUGCAGCUACUUCUGUUCUUGCUGCAGCUACUACUGUUCUUGUUGCAGCUACUUCUGUUGUUGCUGCAGCUACUUCUGUUGUUGCUGCAGCUACUGUUCUUGCUGCAGCUAUUUCUGUUGUUGCUGCAGCUAUCACUGUUCUUGCUGCAGCUAUUUCUGCUGUUGCUGCAGCUACACUGUUCUUGCUGCAGCUACUUCUGUUGCUGCUGCGCUACUUCUGUUGGAGCGUGAACGACAUUGGAACACAGGGCUCUUCUGGGACACUUUCACAGCGUCUAGGAAAUGUGUACAACAAUGAGAAAUUAGGUCCUGGUGGCACCAAGGACGUGUGA